UUUACUCGAAACUGGGAAAGUUGCCCAGCCGUCGCCUGCAGGUUGAGCUCCGCCUGGGACGGGCGGGCUGUCGGGUCGCUCAGCGGCAGAUAAAAAUGAGUCUGGACAAAAAUCUUCAAGAUUAUUGAGCUCAGGAAACAUUGACCUCGUUUUUACUUUAUCUUUUUUUUAAUUCUUCCACUUCACCGGGAGCUGUUUUGUGGCAGCUAGCGAGCGACACGUUAGCUACUUCCGGAAAACAACCUUCACACACAGAAAGUCAGGAUGAAGACCAGGAGAUAACACUGUGACUGUGGAUCUAUUCAGCUUCAAAAAUGAAGAUGUAAACAUCUGAAACCGAUCAGCGUGAGCCGAUAGUGGACUGAACUUCCUGAAACGAUGGCAGCAACAGAAACCAAAACCGCCGCCGUCUCCGUUGCCAGCAGCGGUUCUGCGGGUCUCUCCUGGGCUCGUGUUUGUAAAGAAUGCGGCCAACAGCACGAGACUCAGGACACUCACUUGUACGAGUAUCAGAACGAGGUGGACGAUGAGUUGGUUUGUCACAUUUGCCUGCAGCCGCUCCUCAGACCCAUGGACACUCCGUGUGGACACACUUACUGCUUCCACUGUAUCAGCAACUUCCUGAAGGAGCAGGACUUUUGCCCCGUGGAUCGGCAGCGUCUGCAGCUGCACCAGUGCCGACCCUCCAGCCUGCUGGUGAGGAACCUGCUGGACAAACUGGUGGUGACCUGUCCCCACUACGCAGAGUGCCAGCAGGAGAUGCAGCGCUGCGAGCUGCAGCCUCACCUGCACAACAGAUGUCCUGUUUUUAAGAGGCUACGGGAGGAAGCGGAGAAGAGGAAGCGGCCCUCCUGGAACGAAAUAAAAGGACGCAAGGGUGACGGCGAGCCGUCUGGAGACGCGAAACAUUCAACAACUCUGUCCCGAAACCACACGCGAGAUCAGUCGGAGCCGGGCUUAAUUAAUCCUGCCUACGAGGAAAUCGACGAUGACAACACGCCGCUGCGGUCCAGUCUGGUGGCCGAGGCCAACGUGGUGGAGCUGUUCAGAGACGAACCCGAGGAGGAGCUGGGCCUGCGCAUCGUGGGAGGAAAAGACACUCCCCUGGGAAACAUCGUGAUCCAGGAGAUUAUCCGGGACUCGGUAGCUUCGCGCGACGGCAGACUGGCUCCAGGGGACCACAUCCUGGAGGUGAAUGACGUCAACUUGGCUUCGGUUCCCCACACUCGGGCCAUUACGGUUCUGCAGCGCUCCCCGCUCCUCCGGCUCACCGUCAUGCAGGAGAAAGGCUUCAAAAUAAGAGACCAGCGCUCGGAUCAACACCCGUCCACCGCCGCCUCCCAACCCCCUCCUCAUGGUUCCCACGGCAACAGUCCACCCGACCUGAACAACCCCGGGAAGGUCCUCCACGUCAUGCUAACGAAGACGCACCGCACCGAGCCGCUCGGCAUCAAACUCAUCCGGAAGUCCGACGAGAGCGGCGUUUUCAUCCUGGACCUUCUGCCCGGCGGUUUGGCAGCCAAAGAUGGAAAACUGAGGAACAACGAUAAAGUUCUAGCCAUAAACGGACACGACCUGAUGCACGGCACGCCGGAGAGCGCCGCCAUGAUCAUACAGAACAGUGAAAAGUGUGUGAACUUUGCUGUUCUGCGGCCGGCGGAGAACCCAGAGGAAGCAGGAAGCAGCAGAGAGGGACAACACAGCAGAGGAGUGAGAAGGGCCCCGGAGCCGCAGUACUUCAGGCGGCAGACCACCUACCUGAAGGAUCCACCGGGCGGUUUUACCUGUCAGGAGAAGACGGUGAGCCUGAAGAAGGAACCUCGAACGUCUCUGGGCAUCACCAUAGCCGGGGGGAGGGACUGCCGCAGCAGGCUGCCUGUUUACAUCACGAGUGUUCAGCCAGUUGGCUGUCUGCACAGAGAUGGCACCAUCAAAAGAGGGGACGUUCUGCUGAGCAUCAACGGCGUCGAUCUGACGCAGCUGACCUACAACGAGGCCGUGUCCGUUCUGAAGGCCCAGACGGCUCAGGCCCAGGUGGUGCUGCGCGUCAUCCAGACGCUCUCCGACAGCGCCGAGGAGGACGCGGAGACCGGCAGCAGAGACGACUUUGACAACAUGGACGACCAGCGAGACGAGAUCCGGACCUGGACGCCGCUGUGGACCCACUGGCUGGGGUUACCGAGUCACAUGCACUGGUGCAGGGACAUCGUCCUGCAGAAGACCAACAGCGAGAGCUGGGGCUUCAGCAUCGUCGGGGGUUACGAGGAGAGCCAUGGGCAGCAGCCAUUUUUCAUUAAAACUAUCGUGCCUGGGACGCCUGCUCACUUCGACGGCCGUCUAAAGUGCGGCGAUGAGAUUGUGGCGGUGAACGGCGCUACGACGGUGGGGAUGAACAAUUCCUCGCUCAUCCCGAUGCUCAAGCUGCAGAAGAACAAAGUCACGCUGACUGUUGUGUCCUGGCCUGGAAGUUUAGUGUAAUAAAAACAAACUUUGUCUCUUUUUGUGUUCAUGUGAGCAUUCACAAGUAGCCCUGUUCAGAUGCAUUCCUUUGAUCUCUGAUUAUUUUUGUUAAUUUUAUGCAGAACGUUGUACAUAAUCCCAGCCCCGUCUGUUAAAGCUGUCCUGUAGAAACUGGUUGCAACACUAAGAUGUACAAAUCAUAAAAAUUUAGUCAAAACUAACUAGAAGGAUUCAGUUUUGAUGACUGAUUCUAGCAUCCGUUGCUAGUAUAAACUUUAAUGUAGGAUCCUGACUGUGGACAGAUGCCAAACGAAUGAACAAUUUGAUUCAGUCCAAAAUUAAAGCUCUUUCUGAACAUGAUGCAAAAUAUUUAUUUUAUAAUCUGAAUAAAAUCAGAGCGUUUUAGAAGGUGUGUUGGGUAUUUUGCUGUAUAAAUGUUCAUUUUUAUUAAAAGAAGAAGGUAAAGUUAUGAUGUAAUAGUAAAAUGUGACUCAUGUACAGAUGAUUAUACUAAAUUUGGAUUAGAAAACAAAUUUAUUCAUCGUUUAGGCUCUUUUUUUUUAUUUAGUCACAUUCAGGAACAACAAAUAAGCUUGCUGUUCUUUUCCUAAUGAAAGUGUUGCUAAUUUGAUGUUUAUUUUUUAAUUUUCUUUUAUUUGUCAACAUCCAAGCCCUCAUUUUUAGCACUGUAUUUAUUUCCAUAAAUAGUUAAUCUUGACAGAUUUAAAGGAAGUGGAUGCCUUGGAGGUAUUGAAGGACAAAUAACUGCCUUAAACUGUCUCUGUACCAAAAUGUGUUAAUAAAAGUAGAUUUAACGUGGCCUUGCCUGCAUCCUGACGGAGGCGGCUGUCGAACAACAAAGUGGCUUUUUGAAAUAUAAACCAAGUAACAUGUAAAUAAUCCCCACUCUGUUUAGUUUUGUUCAAUAAAAUCAUAUCAAAUCAUG